GUGCGCAUCACCGCAACACUGCGCGACGCUGAUGGUCGCGCCGACUGCCUCCAAUCUCUCUACAACUCUCGAAGUCUACGUAUGCUGGAAGGUUGAUGUCAAGGCGCAUUAGGCUUCCACAAUUGGUUCCCUCGUGUCCUCUGCGCGAUGGAGGGCGCGUCUGCUGAGGGCCUCGCCUCCGAGCCUCCGAUCCCUUUUCAACUCCGCCAAAAGAUGUUGAAUCGCGCAGCAACCUUUGCCGACGGUGUGCAGCCCUCGCCUGCACGUUCACUCCGACGCCGUAGCUCUCUGCUCUCCGACCUGUCGGACACGCGACACUCGACUCGGUCCUCAACCGAUAACCUCCUUAGAAAUACAGAAGCUCAGAAUAAGAGCGCAUCCUUGGAGGACGGAAACCAACUAAUAUCCAGCCCGGUCAUUUUCGCCAUAUUCCCAGCCGUUGGCGGACUCCUAUACCAGAAUGGUGCUGCUGUCUUGACUGAUCUCUUCACCCUGGGGCUGGCUUCAUGGUUUCUGCACUGGUGUUGCACAUUCCCCUGGACUUGGUACCACCUAGCGCAGCAGCGGCGGUACAUUGAACCCGACGAGCCCCAGUUCGAUGAUACGAUUGAAGAAGAGGAUGAAGACAGUGUCCACGACCCUGGGGACGACCCAGCCUUGGCAGCAGACGACACGAAAGCGAGAGAGCGAGUGGGUGCGACCGCGGCACAGCUCGAAGCAAGCCAGGCUCUGAAGCUACAAGAACGAAUGGCAUUCGCUGCGUGCUUUCUGGGCCCCUUGAUUGGAGCCUACCUCCUUCAUACCAUUCGUGGGCAACUAAAGGUCACUGAGGGGCUGGUGUCUGAUUACAACCUGACCAUAUUCGUCAUGGUCGCAGAGCUCCGGCCAAUUGCGCGCCUGAUGAAGAUGCAGGAAGAACGCAUGUUCCAUCUCCAGCGUGUCGUGAAGACAAAUUCAGCGGAUCUGCUGGACUCUGACGAUGCGCAAGCACUAGCACAGCGGCUAUCAGAGCUGGAAGGCAGACUGAGCGGUCCAACAGCGAACAAUGAUCUGGAGAUAUCGCGAGUUGCUGUGGAAGUGCAACAGGGUCUACAGAAACAGCUAGAUGCCAUCACAAGAGCGAUCCGACGCUAUGAGAAGAGGACGACUUCACAGACAAUGCAGAUCGAAGCACGCUUUCAAGAGGUCGAUCUACGCUUGAGGGAUGCGUUGACCCUGGCGGCAGCGGCAGCACGAACGGGGCAACGGCCUGGCAUCGUGUCGAGCGUUAUUAGCUGGAUCAUAAAUGUCAUCAGCAAUGGUCUGCAGGGUGCUUGGGACAUUGCUCUGUAUCCGCUUCGGACUGUCAUUGCCCUUACAAUGGAGAUGAAGUCGUACUUUGUCAAGGAUGAAGAACGGCAGUCGCGAAAACGAGUAAAGGGACAGUCUAAUGGCCACUCGUCAGUACCGACGUCUAGGACACAGUCGAAAAGCACACGCUGAUAUUGCUCUUAAUACACCUACUUCACCUACGCUUAUUCCUCGUACAUGUCCAGUGUUUUGCCUUCUGAAUGGAAAUUAACUUGUGGACUACAAAGCCGGAGUCAUGACGCGGAACACGAAUGACAUCUCUAGGGUUACAUACGGAAAUGCAGCUUAUCUUAGGCCCACAUUCCAUGUAGCUUCGUGGGCGAUCAAUCAUCGUAGUCCGACAGCGGCGAGUUCGGCUUCUUCGCAUCCAGUAAUCCGACCCUAGAUGCAACGUCCAGUUACCGUCGUUGCUACCCCGCCCCCACCAUAGCUACAAGUAAAU